UAGGGGGGCUCUGUGGGCCCACGUUGGUCCUGUAGGUGGGGUGGGGGUGCCAGGGCUGAGCCCGUGUUGCCGAGUUCCCUGUUGAGGUCUGGGCAGCAGAGCAUGUAGUCCCAGCAGCUGGGGUUUUUGCCCAAAUAGGGACACGUAGCCUUUGAACUUCUGCUAUCAGAUAACACGCAAUACCAAAAAAGAGAAGUACAAUGGCCAGGAGGAUUUGGGGUGGUUCACACACAUCGUUGUGUGAAACACGGUCAUGUGUGGGCUCAGGGACACAAGCUGCCUGUGCCCCUUGCUCACUGUGGCCCUGGGGGCUUCUGUCACCCACGCCCGAGAUACCCCAAAGAGUGUGCAAACCCCUCCUGCCUUGUUUUCCUUUUUCUGCUGUUCACUUUGGGGGAAAUGAUGGUCCGUUGAACUUUGACCUCUGGUCUGGACCCACUGUGGACACCACACCCUUUCACCUGAGGCCUUGACAUGCUCUGAUGUCCUGCCUUCCCAGGGGCACGUCCAGAAUGAGGCUGGGGUGCCACCGGCCGGCUCAGCUGCAAGAAGCCCGGGUCCCCAGGUACCAGGCCGGAGUGGGGCGGCCCCAGCCUGCAGGGCAGGUCACGGCGGGUAGAAACUGGGGGCCGGGGGCAGCAGCGGGCAGGCAGCUGCGGACUUUGGCCCAUAGCGACCGCAUCCCAGGGCUGUCCACUGGGCCUCCACAUCCGCCCUCUCCACAGAGCAGGGUCUGCUCCCUGAGCCAGGCGGCUGCCCGGCACCUGGCCAGCAGCGCCCCCUGUGUGCUCCCCUUGCCCAGUCUCCCCAGUGAGGCCUCAGGAGCCUGGGAGCAGGGCUGGCCACGGGCUGCUGGAGCUUUCGCACGCCUCACACCCUCACACGCAGCAGGGCCUCCACUCCCAGCCCCACCCUCGCGGGGCCCCGGCCGCCCCAGCCUGUUUCUUCACCUGCCUGGGGGAUGCGGUGGCAGGAGUGGCCCAGGGUAGUCUGUCCACCUGCCCUGCUUAAUUCAGUCCACAUUGACAGAACUUCUGUGUGCUGAGCACUGGACACAGGACACUGUCCAGGAGCCCCAGGGGACCAGGAGACCGGGGAGGCGGGGUGGGGGCGGGACGCACCCUCAGGUACCCAGGUCCGGCCCCUCCCAGCCCUGAGGGGCUGAUUGGCUGCGGGCAGGGGGCUGGUCGCUGGGGCAGGGCGGGGCGCGAGGGCACGAGCCUCAGAGGCGAGGGCAGGACCAGAGCCAGCCUGAGCACGGAGCUCCUUCUCCCCGGCCCCCCGGACCCGUGGGUUCGGAUCCGCACCCCGCCCGCACCCCCCCCCCCCGCCAUGCACGGCCUCGGGCUCCUGCUGCUUGCUGCGCUGUGGUUACAGGAGGCCGCCCCCAGGGCCAGCCUGCCCCACGUGGAGCAGUACGAGGUGGUGAGGCCCCGGCGCCUGCCAGCACCCCGCACCCGCCGAGCCCUGCCCUCCCACUCGGGCCUGUAUCCGGAGAGUGUGAGCUACGUCCUGGGGGCCCGAGGGCACACCUUCACCCUGCACCUUCGGAAGAACAGGGACCUGGUGGGCUCGGGCUACGUGGAGACCUACACGGCCGCCGAUGGCGCCCAGGUGACAGAGCAGCUGCCGAGGCAGGACCACUGCUUCUACCAGGGCAACGUGGAGGGGCACCAGGGCUCCGCUGCCAGCCUCAGCACCUGCACCGGCCUCAGGGGCUUCUUCCAGGCCGGCUCCACCGUCCACCUGAUCGAGCCCCUGGAUGGGGGCGGGGAAGAGGGGCAACACGCGCUGUACCAGGCGCAGCACCUGCAGCAGAAGGCCGGCACCUGCGGGGUCAACGACAGCAGCCUGGAGGCCGUCCUCGGGCCGCGGGUCUCGGCGGCCCUCAGGCCCCGGAACUGGCCAGUGCCCCGAGAGACCCGCUAUGUGGAGCUGUUUGUGGUCACGGACAGCACAGAGUUCCAGCGGUUGGGGAGCAGAGAGGCUGUGCGCCAGCGGGUGCUGGAGGUGGUCAACCACGUGGACAAGCUCUAUCAGGAGCUCAAUUUCCGCGUGGUGCUUGUGGGCCUGGAGAUGUGGAACGGUGGGGACAAGAUUGACGUCAGCACCCAGGCCGACACCACACUGAGCAACUUCCUGUCCUGGCGGGUGCAAGACCUGGCGGGGCGGCACCUGCACGACAACGCGCAGUUCAUCACCGGGGUCAACUUCGCAGGGACCACCGUGGGACUGGCCAAGGUGUCCGCCAUGUGCUCCCAGGACUCGGGGGCUGUGAACCAGGACCACAGCCCGAACCCCAUGGGCGUGGCGAGCACCAUGGCCCACGAGAUGGGCCACAACCUGGGCAUGGACCACGACGAGAACAUCCAAGACUGCUACUGCCCGGUGCCGCGGGCCGGCGGCGGCUGCGUGAUGGCGGCCAGCAUCGGCUCCAACUUCCCCAGAAAGUUCAGCCACUGCAGCCGGGCUGACCUGGAGACAUUCGUGGAGAAGGCCCGGACGGCCUGCCUGGUGGACGUGCCGGACCCCGCCCGGCUGGUGGGCGGCCCCGUGUGUGGGAACCAGUUCGUGGAGCGUGGGGAGCAGUGCGACUGCGGCGCCCCCCAGGACUGUCAGAACCGCUGCUGCAAUGCCAGCACCUGCCUGCUGGCCAAGGGGGCCGAGUGUGCCCACGGCACCUGCUGCCACGAGUGCAGGGUGAAGCCGGCCGGAGAGCCGUGCCGCCCUGCAAAGGACCAGUGUGACCUCAGAGAGUACUGCGACGGCCGGCAGCCUUUGUGUCCCGAGGACGCCUUCUGGGAGAACGGCACGCCCUGCCCGGGGGGCUACUGCUACAACGGGGCCUGCCCCACGCUGGCCCAGAGGUGCCGGGACUUGUGGGGGCCAGGCGCUCGGGUUGCCACGGAGACGUGCUACAGCUACAGCAUCUCUGCAGGCUGCAGGAGCGGGAUCCCCCUGGACUUUGGCAGGGUCAACAGGUGUGGCACUCUGUUCUGUGAGUGGGGGCAGAAGCCCCCGGAGCGGAGUUCCUGCACCCUCACCUCCUCCUCGGGUGAUUGCCAGGCUCUUGUCCAGGACAGCAGCAGCGGGUACGAGCCAGUGCCCGAAGGCACCAAGUGUGGCAAGGAGCAGGUUUGCUGGAAAGGCUUCUGCCAGGACCUCCGUGUCUACAGAUCCAGAAACUGCUCUGCCCGGUGUAGCAACCAUGGGGUGUGCAACCACAAGGACCAGUGCCACUGCCACCCGGGCUGGGCCCCACCCUACUGCGCAGAGCUGCUGCCUAACGUGCGCACAGCUUCCGGGAGCCUCCUGGUGGGCGUGCUGGUGCCUGUGGCGCUCCUGGUGCCUCUGGCACUGACCCUGGCAGGCGUGGUCAUCUACCGCAAAGCCCGGAACCCCGUCCGAAGGAGGAAUGUGGCAGCCAAGACGGCCAUGGGGCUCUCCAACCCCCUGUUCCACGAGGGGCACAGGACACCCGUGAAGGGCAGGGCCCCGGCUCCCACCAGGGGGCCCCCAGAGCCGGGCCUUUCCUCCCACCCCAGCCAGCCCCCCAAACCCACGGCUUCCGCGGUGACCCCUAAGUGGCCACCCCCUGCUCCUCCAGCCGCUAUGUCCAGCCCACCGUCCCCAGUUCCUGUGUAUACCCGGCAGGCCCCGGGCCAGCUCAGACCUGCUCCUCCCACCAAGCCCCUCCCGGUGCUGAAGGCCAAGCAGGUCGUCAAGCCAACCUGCACUCCACCGAUGCCACCUGUCAAGCCCAGGGCCGGAGGGGCCCAGCCUGGACCCACUCAGGGAGUUGUUGGCCCAAAGGUUGCUCUGAAACCCCCCGACCAGAGGAGGUGAUGGGGCCCGAGCUCAAAGCACCCUGGGGGGCAUCUGUGCGCCUGUCUGGACGUUGCCUGUGGUCAUGUGACCUCGCCACCAGCACUGACAGACCAGCUGCCUGGCCCCAGGCCCUCCGUCCCCCUCCCUGAGGGUUGGGUCCACUGUGAAAAGUCCUAGCGGAAGAGCCAACUCCUCAUGGCCAAGGUCACUCUUCACCCCACGGUCACAGCCCAGGCCCUCUCCGCCCAGGACUCGCGGUUGGGCCCUCGGCUGCUGUCCUGACCUCAGGAACGGGGGCCAGGCCAGUGCCUCCUCACCCACGUGUGUCUCCAGACUGCCACUGGUGUCUUGUCUGGGUCUCUGGAAACCUCAGGUGCACAUUCAGUAGGGCUGAAAACUUUAAUGAAAUUUUUGUAUUCUACAAUUAAAUUAUUGAUCAAAUUCUAAAUGACGGGAGAUCGGUGGAAAAUGUUGCAUGCGAAACAAUGUGGAAUUUAUAAGAUUUAAGGG